UGCACAACAUUAAAAUCGUUUACAUUUUUUUUAAAUUUACCGUUUAAACGCCAAUUUCUUUGCAUAUUUAUACAAAAAUAAAAGCUCAUAUCACACAUAAAAGUGCCAGUUUGUUAUCGUAAACAUAGAAAACUGGAAUAAAAGCAGACCUGUAGUAGGAGACAUCGCUCUGUUUCGUUUCCUCCUAAUAGUUAAACGGACUAAUGCAUGCUAAUACGUAACUCACUGAUUUGUACAUUGAGAUCGUGGGUAUUAGAGAUAUUAAUUGUACUCUGACUGUGAUAACUACAGGAGGGAAUUCCAAAUAUGUCUAAAUACAAGGGGGGUGACAUUCUGAAAUAUCAAUCCAGAAAUCUGUAUCACAAGCCCACACAUGAAACUGGUCGAUAAUCCUCUCAGUUUGUCAUCGUUCGAGUUUGAUCAACACAAUAAUCUGCUGACUUCCAACAUGGUGGCCAGAGCGGACAAACGUGCCCUGAAGGCGGUCCUCAUAGACCUGAGUGGAACUCUUCAUAUAGAGGACACGGCUGUGCCAGGAGCUCAGGAAGCUCUUAAGAAAUUAAGGAAGGCAUCUGUUGCUGUAAAGUUUGUGACCAACACGACCAAAGAGAGCAAGAGGAGCUUGCUGGAAAAAAAAAGUAAAAAUAAAUUUGCUUGGCAGGAGAAUGAGAUCUUCACAUCUCUGAGUGCAGCGCGGAGCUUGAUAGAGCAGAAAAAUCACAGACCUCUGCUGCUGGUGGAGGACAGCGCACUGGAAGAUUUUACUGGCAUCGACACGUCAGAACCAAACGCUGUUGUCAUCGGACUCGCCCCUGAAGAUUUUAACUACCAAACUCUAAAUAAGGCCUUCAGAAUGAUUCUGGAUGGAGCUCCCCUCAUCGCCAUUCAUAAGGCUCGCUACUACAAGCGGAAGGACGGCUUGGCCCUUGGUCCCGGGCCCUUUGUGACGGGCCUGGAGUAUGCCACAGACCAAAAAGCCAGUGUAGUGGGAAAGCCCGAACAGACAUUUUUUAUACAGGCGCUGUCUGAUUUAGGAUGCAGCCCCAGUGAAGCGGUCAUGAUAGGAGACGAUGCUAGAGAUGAUGUAGGUGGAGCCCAGAAUGCAGGGAUGUUGGGGAUUCUUGUUCGAUCCGGCAAAUACAGAGAAGGAGAUGAAAACAAAAUCAGUCCACCCCCUCACCUGACAUGUGACAGCUUCCCAGACGCCGUUGAGCACAUCCUGCAGCACCUGCUCUAACUCCAACUAAGGGACAACCUGUUUGAUGCCCUCAUAGGGCCUUUUAUUUGCACCAAUUGUAAACGAUGAUGCAUUCUGGUCACCAUGAGAAAAAAGCAGAUCAGUUUCUUCCCACUAAACAUGUUAAAGACACGAGAAUAGCCGUCCUGCUGAAGUCUGAUCAUUUCUAGAAAUAUUUAAUGCUAUUGGAUUAUAUUUUUUCUUUCAUCCUUUAAGUUGUAUAUAAGUAAUAAAUAAAACUAAAAGAUU